AUGCUCCACGAGAUCCUUCUCUCCCUAUCCGGCCAACCGUCCCCUCUGUUUUGCCAGCCAGCGGAGGAGGGCGACAGUGCCGGAGCGGGUUUCCCAUUGCUCUCUCCGCCGGAAAAGGCCCUCUUAGCAUCUCUGGCUAGACUGAGUGAGCUCCAUCAGUUGCUUCGGACCCAUACGUCGCAAAUAUCGUCCUCCCACGCGUCGACUAUAUGUCGCGCAGUUUCAACAGCCAUUGCCACGGAGCAUCUUGGCAAGUUUCAGCGGAAAAUUCUUGAAGUAGAAAAGGCCAUCCUAGCUAUCGAUGCUGACUACGUUGGCGGCUAUGGAAUAGUCCCAUUAUCAACGAUUGUCAGCGAGUUCACACCCUGGGUGCGGAGAAUGGAAUGGCUCUGGGACAUUGCACAAUUCAUGCUCCCCAGGACAGAUCCUGGCAACCUCGAAUAUAUUCCCUGCACAGCAGGAAAACUCAUAAAUCGUCUUAGAAAGGAUGUUCAAACGGGACAUGUUGACUUGGAAGAAAUGGCCAUGGUUCUUAUCAAGGCUGCAGAAACCGCCUGGAUGCGCCAACUUUCAAUGUGGAUUUUAUAUGGCCAACUUCCAGCUAUUGGACGAGAAGACUUCUUUAUCCAAGUCGUAGCCGCAGCCUCACAUGAGACAGGGCCUCGAGGUGUGGAGUAUACCCUCUGCCCAGAUCUAUUUCCAAUGUUCUUAUCUGCGCCCACAGCAGGCUCCAUCCUGUUUAUCGGAAAAUCCCUAAACCAUAUUCGUAUGAAGGGCGAAUUCUUAGACGACUCAAAUUCUCCAGCACCCAAUAUACUCCUACAUGGAAACUACAUUCGCUAUCUAUCAGCCCUUUCAUCCCCUUUAUCUCCUGUGAGUCUGAGCAGCGCCGUGUCGGAAAUUCGGCUGUCACUAUCGCAGACUGUCUUGUCGAAACUCUUACCUUUGCCUAAAAUUGUUGAAGUUCUCUCUGUGCUUCACGACUUUCUUCUCCUUGGUCGCGGAGAGUUUGCAAUGGCUUUGGUUGUAUUCGCUGAUGAGCGAUUACUUUCAAAACACAGAAGGACUAUUGCUAAAGAAGCACCCACAGAAUCACAGCCCUUCGAUUUACUUAGGGUUCAAAACGGAGAUGCCUCUGCAGUUCUAUCUCAGGCAUGGGCUGAACUCUAUCUGCUCCAGAAUGAAGAAGACCCUAUUGACGACGAACUGGACCUUGCGAGAGAACUGUUGCGGUUGACUGUCGAAACCAAAGCCGAAGAAGGCGCUCAGUCUGAAAAGGAACCCCCGGUUACCAAUUUGGUGAUCGAUAUUUCAAAUACCUCCUUUGACGACCUCCUUUUCGGCGGUACACCUACUAAGUUGUCUCUCAAUGUGAAAUCCCCUUUAGAUUUAUUUUUAGCCCCAUCAGACAUGUUGAUAUAUUCCAAAAUAUACGCAUAUUUGCUCGGGAUUCGACGAGCACAGAUACGUCUAAGUAGCCUGUGGAAAUGCACCUCCAUUCGGAGAAUUCAUCCGGCACCCUGGGGCCCUCCUCUGAGUAACAAACGCGGUAGCCAGGAACAGCUUCGUUUGCGACGUGAAAGAGAUCGCAAAAGGUGUACGUCAAUGCGUGGAAUUUGGGCAAUUUGCAACGCUGCUCGUUUCGUUCUCUCAGAGUUAGGAAGUUAUGUGCAGGGAGAAGUAAUAAGCGGAUCCUGGCUUCAUUUCAGGCGAUGGUUGGAUGGGACAAAGCCACUUACGACACCAGGUCAUUCCCGUCCAGCAACAGCGAACAAGAAGCAAGCAGAUGACCAACUUCCUCCUUCGUAUCCCCAACACGACCCCGAAACCAUAAAUCUUGCCCAUCGCAUGUAUUUGAGUUGUAUUGCCCAAUCGGUUUUUCUUACAGAUGCUGCUUUCACUCGCUCUUUACGAACUCUUCUAAACGAGGUAGAUCGGUUUAUUCUUCUAAUUACUCAACUUCAGUCCGUUCAAAAGCACGUUGAUCUAGAAAAUGACGAAGGCGUGUACGAUUCACUUGCAGACCACCACAGUGAUGAACAAAAAAUAUGGUCCGAGUUAUGCCACUCAAGAGCCGAACUUGAAACUCUUAUUACGGAGCUUAUUUCUCGAUUAAGAGAUAUUGAUGACGGACGACUUGCGGAAGGCGUACGGAUGUUUGAUUUUGGAAGUACCACGGCUGUAAAUUCGGCUCAUGCUGAUGUGCCUCCCUCGUUGUCUGGCCCCACGAAUCCAUACGUUCCGUGGAGGCCUGCGGGAGUUGACCGGCUGUUAAUGAAGUUGGAUUUCGGAGCAUCGAAAAAUUCACCUGGCAGCUUCGAUUUUAAGGAAGAGUUUAUUGAUUGA